ACCACCACCAGUGCCGGGGCGCACGGAGCGCUGGAGGCGGUGUGUGUUGCUCUUUAUUGUUCCAGUAGAAAGCUCAGUGCGCGGCUUCCCACAUUUGUCUGAAUGGCUGCCGCGGACAAACCACGUCCCACCUGAGAGGGAGCGGUUCAGCUGCGAGCAAGAGGACCACCGCGUUCAAAACUUACAGCGUGGAUUUUACCAUCUGCGUUGGACAUAAAAAGCUCUCACGGACGCACAUUCAGUGGAUCCUGGAGGAAGAGGGGGGACGUGAACAGAGGUCCCUGCAGCUCGAUAGCCUGUUACUGUAAGGUCUGUCAUCAUGGUCGAACCAGCCGACAGGUCGUCCACAGCCGGGCAGAGGCUGGGCGCUCCUGAAAGCUUUGGGGUGUCCACCCUAGAGCCAGGUCUGCGCCCUCCUGCCCAGCCUCCAGGACGCCAAGUCUCCAUAAGGGUGCAGAUGCUUGAUGACACACAGGAAGUCUUCCAGAUAUCGCAACGUUCACCGGGCAAAGUGCUGUUUGACCUGGUUUGUGCCCAUCUCAACCUGGUUGAGGGAGACUAUUUUGGACUAGAGUACCAGGACCAGCGGAAGAUGACAGUGUGGCUGGAUCUUUUGAAGCCGACACUGAAGCAGAUCAGACGACCUAAAAACACCAUCCUUCGUUUUGUGGUGAAGUUCUUCCCUCCUGACCACACGCAGCUCAUGGAGGAGCUGACUCGGUAUCUGUUUGCUCUACAGAUUAAACGCGACCUGGCCUGUGGUCGUCUUAUCUGCAACGACACGAGCGCCGCUCUCAUGGUCUCCCACAUUAUUCAGUCUGAGAUCGGAGACUUCGAUGAGACCCAGAGCUGGCAGCACCUCCUUCACAAUAAGUAUCUGCCCGACCAGGACGCCAUUAGAGAUGAGAUCAUAGACUGCCACCGUGAGCAUGUCGGGCAGACGCCGGCAGAGUCGGACUAUCAGCUGCUUGAAAUCGCACGGCGGUUAGAGAUGUACGGUGUUCGCUUACACCCGGCGAAGGACCGCGAGGGUACUAAACUCAGCCUGGCUGUGGCAAACAGUGGGGUGCUGGUUUUCCAGGGGAACACAAAAAUUAACUCUUUCAACUGGUCCAAGAUCCGUAAACUCAGCUUCAAACGUAAAAGGUUCCUAAUCAAGCUUAGAGCCGACCCCACUCAGAAUGCCCACCAUGACACGCUGGAGUUUGCCAUGGCCAGCAGGGACUGCUGUAAGGUUUUCUGGAAGAUCUGUGUCGAGUACCAUGCCUUCUUCAGACUCUUUGAGGAGCCCAAACCAAAACCCAAGCCCAUCCUCUUCACCCGAGGAUCCUCAUUCCGGUUCAGUGGUCGAACCCAGAAGCAAAUCAUUGAUUAUGUUAAAGACUCCGAGCCCAAGAAAGUUCCAUUUGAAAGGAAGCACAGUAAGAUGCUGUCCAACAGCAGCAUGUCCCCUCAAUCUGCCUCCACAAGAUCACACGUGCCAAAAGAGAGUGCCACGUCAAUCCCGUUAGCAGACCAGCCUGACUCAGACAGAUUGAGCCAUCUGGCUGUACCUAAUGGUUCGGAGGAGCCACAGGCGGUCACGCCGCCCACCAACGGUCUUCACGGCCUGACGGCAGCGCCUGGCUCAGACCCGACUCAGCCCCGACAGAACCACCACGUCGCGGGAUCAGUACUGGACCAGCAGCUCCUCAACCCAGGUCCAUCCUGCAGGGCAAACAAAGGAAGUCCAGGUUCAGAGAACUCUCCGCUGGGAGGUCCUCACGUAGCAGUUAAUGGGAACGGCUCUGUGAAUGGGCAGAGAAUGGGAAGCACUGGGGUCCUGGGUGCUGAACAGAGUCCUGAAGUCCAGCCGUUAUCCCCACUUACUAGCCCGCUCCUUACCGAAGCGGGAUAUGUUCGCAAUGAUGAGGAAGACGAGGCGAGGAGGAAGAAGUUUCCCACAGACAAGGCUUACUUUAUAGCCAAGGAACUAUUGACCACAGAGCGGACCUACCUCAAAGACCUGCAGGUUAUCACAGAGUCCUUCCAGAGCGCCGUGGGGAAAGACGAGGCUUUCCCAGACUCGGUUAGGAGCCUGAUCUCUGCCAACUACGAUCCGGUGUACAAGUUUCAUCAGGGAUUCCUCAAAGAGACAGAGCAGCGGUUGGCGCAGUGGGAGGGCCGAUCUAACGCCCACAUUAAAGGAGACUAUCAGCGAAUUGGUGACGUUUUACUCAAGAACAUUCAGGGUCUCAGGCAGUUGACGAUUCAUCUCCAGAAACAUUCAGAGUGCCUGGUGGAACUGGAGCGGGCCUGUCGGUCCAGCCGGAAGGUGGAGACUUUAUGUCGAGACUUCGAGCAGCAACGGGUUUGCUACCUGCCCCUCAACAUCUUCCUCCUCAGGCCUCUUCACCGCCUGCUGCACUACAAACUUAUCCUGGAGAGGCUCUGCAAGCACUACCCGCCCACACAUGAUGACUUCAGGGACUGUAGAGCUGCCCUGGCGGACAUCUCGGAGAUGGUGCUGCAGCUUCAGGGAAUCAUGAUGAAGAUGGAGAACUUCCAGAAGCUUAUAGAACUGAAGAAGGACCUGACCGGCGUCGAAGACCUCAUGAGCCCCGGAAGGGAGUUCAUCAGGCUCGGUUGCCUCAGCAAACUCUCUGGAAAGGGCCUUCAGCAGAGGAUGUUCUUCCUGUUUAGUGAUUGUUUGGUGUACACCAGUCGAGGCAUGACCCCAUCCAACCAGUUUAAGGUUCAUGGCCAGCUGCCUCUCUAUGGCAUGACGAUCAGAGAAAGCGAGGAGGAGUGGGGAGUCCCUCAUUCGUUCACUUUGUUCGGGCAGCGGCAGUCUGUGGUGGUGGCAGCCAGCUGUGCGUCAGAGAUGGAGCGCUGGGUGGAGGACAUCAGGAUGGCCAUCGACCUGGCAGAGCAGAGUAGCGGCUUAAACAAUGACCUGCUCUCUACCAGCCUCUCUGACAACAAGCUCUCAGAGGACGGAGGAGGCGAGCAGGAGUCUGAGGACGAGCUCGGCGGCUCGCGCUCAUCCCUGGAGCGCCAGGGUCAUCGCGGUAACACCACCGUGCAUGUCUGCUGGCAUCGCAACACCAGCGUCUCCAUGGUGGACUUUAGCAUAGCUGUGGAGAACCAGCUCUCAGGUAACCUGCUAAGGAAGUUUAAGAACAGCAACGGCUGGCAGAAACUCUGGGUGGUUUUCACCAACUUCAGUCUGUUUUUCUACAAGUCACACCAGGAUGACUACCCUCUGGCGAGCCUCCCUCUGCUGGGCUACUCUGUCACCGUCCCAUCGGAGUCAGAAAACAUCCACAAGGAUUACGUCUUCAAACUCCACUUCAAGUCUCACGUCUACUACUUCAGAUCAGAGAGCGAGUACACCUUUGAGAGGUGGAUGGAGGUCAUCCGGAGCGCAACCUGCUCUACCAGCCGAUCACUGCCGAGCACCAGGAAAGACCUUUACUGAGGAUUCCUCCACCUCCACCUCAUACUCUCUUGAGUGAAGAUCUCGACUGCACAAACACCAGGAAAGACUCUUCCAGCUGCACACGCAGACACUAAUUAUUACCUCUGACUCCUUACACAGACUCCACUCAGAGGUCUUCUCUCUUCACCUUAUUAUUAACACACUUUCCACACCAUUAGUGUCUGAUUAGCAAAAACUAUCUGCAGUCAUCCACGAUGUAAUUCUAUGUGUAAUUUUUCCAUUUGUCCUUGUCAACCUGGCAGCACCACAUUGUGUUAUUUUUUUCUUCCACCAAAGCGAGAGAAAAGGCAAACCCGAGCACGGGCGAAGGAUCUGAAUCACUUUGGCCUCACUCUCUCCGUGCGCUCCUCUGGUUCACUGAUUUUUGGCUGGUGCUUUAUAAUAUUUUAUAUUUCUGAAAAUGGAUGAAAAGUGUCUUAAGAUCUGAAAUAAACUUUAUGUAGAAAGCUGUGUGCAUGUUGACACAAGAAUUGUGUUUUUAAUUGUAUGACAAUCUGUCUGUAUGUAAUUUGAUGACUUAAAUGUAAUGUAAGGUUGGACACAAUAAGAAAUCCUGCAAUGUUUUUUUUUUUAUUAAGUCA